AUGGCUCUUGCACCGGUGUUUUCCUUCUUGACGGGCGUGGGUGCCGGCGCCGCCUCGGAAGGAGACAGGUCCGGCGAGGAGUGCGAACCAGUCGGGAGCAGGUGGAUCCCCAUAACCGGGGCCCCCGGAGAGCCGACCGCAGCUGAAACGGGGACGAGGAAGUUUGCAGCGGAGAAAGGUGUUCGACAGGCGGCGAGUGGGCCGUGCGUGGCCUUCACGGAUGAGAAGGCGCGGCGGCUGAGGAGGAUGACGGCGCGAACGCCCACCUUCCGCGCCUCCAUGUACCACUCCGCCGUCGCCGCCCGAUUAGCCUCCGAAUUCUCCGAUCGGACGGACCGCUAG